UCGACUGAUUUGGUGGAAUUGAUUAUGUUUGGCUACGCAGUCAUUUAUUGAACAAACGACGUUCUUUAUUUGCCCGACGUUUCGACACGGGGAUUGUGUCUUCCUCAGGGGGUACUGUAAUUUUACAUAUAUUCUAAUUGUUUGUGUUUAUGUCUAAUUGUUUUAACUUACAAUAUUUGUGUCGUUAUUUGUCCUAUGUUUAGUCGAACUAUAACUGUCGGGUUUAGCGAAUUUUGGUACAUGCUGUAAGGGUCAAGUUUGUUAUAAAAUGGAAAAAUUAACAUUAAGUUCACUUAUUAAAAAUCUUACACUUUGAAAUUUCUAAUUUUUUCCCGCACAACUUGUACUGCUCAAUGGCGCAAUCUUUCUAAUUUCUAGUCCUUCUUUCUUCUAUCCUACGGACUGGUUAACGUGCCCUAUCGGUGUUAUUGAUUCCCUCUCAUCUAUGCUAUCGUUUCUCGGUGUCUUACGCUCCCUUCUGCUUUUUAUGUCGUGCAACACUGCUGCGUAUGUCGUACUCAGUCUGUCUAUGUCGGUUCGUUUAUUAACUGUGUUGUCGGUGUUCGUGAUGUGACACAUCUCUAAAAAUGGAAGUGUGGAUUGUUUGUAGCUAUGGUCAAUAAUUUGUGUGUGUUCUAAAUCGCCAUUCUGCCAGCCGUACCCAUACCACCUACAAUGAUCGUAAUCACCGAGGACACCCAAAGCCGACCAUCUCGCCAGCCGCCCACCCCACCAGCCAUUCUGCCAGCCGUACCCACACCUCCCACAAUGAUCGAAAUCACCCAAAGCCGACCAUCAUGCCAGCCUCCCAGCCCACCAAUCGCAGCCACACCACCCGCACUGACCGAAAUCACCGAGGACAAUCAGAACCGACCGGAUCACAAUCCAUCCAACCUGGUAGCCAACGAAUCCACACCAAUCGAAUCACCAAUCACCUCAAAUCAGAUGCAGCAACAAACCGAACCACUCUGCCACCAUCCAAAUGCAUCUUCUGAUGUGAAUCAUGCGAACCAAACACCAUCUCCACAUAACGUCAUCUCCAAUCACUCCAGCACCACAAAUCCUGCAGCAGAACAAUCUGAAACGACAAAUAGUUUAAAAACAUAUAGGGCAAUACCGUACAUACCUUCACUUUCCCAGAAAAUUAUAAAAAUAUUAGCCAAAGAUUAUCCCAACUUGGCAAUAACAACAAAACAGAACCGAGUAGUCAAAAGCCUCCACACACUAGUCAAGCAUCCAGUUAACAGAGAUGAUGUUAGUAAUGCAGUAUACAGAAUACCAUGUAGUAACUGUGAAUGUAGCUACAUCGGUAUGACCACAAACACACUACGAAAAAGACUAGCAGGGCACCGAUCGAAUGUUAAUAGGUUAGAUAAACUGAUAAAUGAUAACAAUACUAACACAGAAAUAGCCAAGGCAUCACUGAUAGAAACAACCACAGCACUAAUACAACAUUGUAUAGAACAAGAUCACCGAUUCGAUUUAGAACACACACAAAUUAUUGACCAUAGCUACAAACAAUCCACACUUCCAUUUUUAGAGAUGUGUCACAUCACGAACACCGACAACACAGUUAAUAAACGAACCGACAUAGACAGACUGAGUACGACAUACGCAGCAGUGUUGCACGACAUAAAAAGCAGAAGGGAGCGUAAGACACCGAGAAACGAUAGCAUAGAUGAGAGGGAAUCAAUAACACCGAUAGGGCACGUUAACCAGUCCGUAGGAUAGAAGAAAGAAGGACUAGAAAUUAGAAAGAUUGCGCCAUUGAGCAGUACAAGUUGUGCGGGAAAAAAUUAGAAAUUUCAAAGUGUAAGAUUUUUAAUAAGUGAACUUAAUGUUAAUUUUUCCAUUUUAUAACAAACUUGACCCUUACAGCAUGUACCAAAAUUCGCUAAACCCGACAGUUAUAGUUCGACUAAACAUAGGACAAAUAACGACACAAAUAUUUACCCCCUGAGGAAGACACAAUCCCCGUGUCGAAACGUCGGGCAAAUAAAGAACGUCGUUUGUUCAAUAAAUGACUGCGUAGCCAAACAUAAUCAAGUAA